AUGACGGUCGCUGAUUCCACCGCCAAUCGGUCUGUCCAUGCCAACGGCAAACUGAACGGCCAGGCAACAAGCAAGAGAAGGACGGUGAAGCAACGGGGCUUCUUUGGCUGGGCUUUUAGUUUAUUUGCUAGAAUUGCUACCUGGGCUGCCAUCCUCACGAUUCUUUUUCGCUGUCCAACAUCCCCCGAAGCCUGCGAUGAAGCCUCUCCCUUCAUCUGCAAACCGUACUUUCACGUUAAGAAUGCCGCAAAACCACAUGUACAACCCUAUUUCGACCAGUACGCCGCGCCUUAUGUGGACCUUGCCAAACCAUACUACGACACCUUGAACAGCCGUGUUUUGACACCGACACGCCGAUAUGUCGUUCUAUAUGGGACUCCAUGGGCCAAUAAGGGUUAUGGCAUUGCUCGUGCUCAGUGGGAGAUGAAUGGCCAACCUCAACUUGUUCGUCUUCAGACCUUGACCAAGGGUCAUUACGAGAAGUCGAUAGCGCCUCAUCUGGCCAAGGCGGAAGAAGCAGUUGGCCCGUACUAUAAUGCUCUACGGAAACAUUCGCUACAGGCGUACAACGGCUAUGUACUGCCCGCCUACGAGUUUGCUCGCCCUUACUUGCUCCGUGGAUACAAUGCGGCGGCCGAAUUUACAACCACCAAGGCUCUGCCAGCUACUUCCUGGGCUUGGGGCAAGGCAAAUGCUUUCCUGGAUACUGCAGUCUGGCCCCAAUUGCGUGUUGUCUAUGUUGAAAAUGUAGAGCCACAGCUUGUCCGUAUCGGAGAGCGACUUGCCCGAUACAAGGCUAAGUCUAACACUACUAAUAAGGCGUCAUCGGAUGAGGCACCUGUUAAACCGGCUAGCUCGAUAGCAUCAAUUUCAUCGUCCUUCAGCAAGCCUCCCCCGCAAAGCCCGUCUACCUCCGCUACCACGACGAAUACUGAGGAGCCAGAGGCUACUGCGGCCGAUUCAGACAAGACAGAGUCUCCACAAUACUGGAAUCCCGUCGAAGCGCCGGCUGCUACCGAAAAUGAGAGUGAACUGCGCAGAACUGCUCGAGAAAUGGUUGCUAGUGAUCUUGCGACCUGGCAAAACAAGUUUGCUUCCCAAGCCGAGGAAGGUGCUAGUGCCAUAGAAGAUCAAGUCGAACAAAUUGCUCACAGCCUGAUGGACGAAAAUGCUAGAGUGACUGGAAAGGGACUGCUUAGGCAGCUUGAGGACACCAUUGCGUUUGAAAUUGCCAACGUAAAGCAAAAUAUUUCUAAAAUUAUAGAAUCCGGCAUUGCGGAUGCUCACCAAGAGGCAAUAUCCGCUGUUCGAUCAGCUGGGGUGGCCAUUAAGAAGAAAGCGCAGCUGAUCCGAGGAUGGCGUGAAGAUUACGAUACCGAGCUCCAGGAAGCCGUGCUAAGUGCAGCAGAUGUUCAUUUUCAAAUUCUCGAUGAAACACGCAACCUGGCCCUGACAAACAUAGGUAUGAAGUGGGCUUGGACCGAUGGUGUUACCUACAAGGACUGGCAGAAGUACCAUGAGCUGAAAGGUGCCCUCAACGAUUGGACUGAAGAAUUGAAGCAGCUCAUUGUUACGCACCCGGCGCUCCUCGAAGCCCAGGAGCUUUCUCACCAAAUUGAGGAUGAUGGUAUGACCAUGGCCUCGGCUGCCGCUAAGGAGUUGGUUCGGUUAAAAGAGGUGUCAAACUGGAAGAUUCUUGCUCAUGAUUUCACUGACAACUUUGAUUCUGAGGAAAUGCGCCUUGCUGCUGAGCACGCGGCAGCAAUAGCAGCCGCCGCCACAAAAGAGGAAACCGAGAUACAAGAGGCCACGGAGCAAAGCCAAGCGGAACGUGCUCCCAACGAUGAUACUCUGCGGGAGAAUGUGGAUGAGCCAAAUGAUCACGAACCGGCCCAGGCAAGUGUCGAAGGACUCACUGCGGAUGCUGAAACACCAACCCUUGAGCCACGCGAGGAGCCAAUUGCCCUACCUGCUGAGGAUGCUGCAAUUACUAUCGCUGCUGCCGAUAACCAGGAGCCGCUAGCUGAGUCUGAAGAAAGUUCAAUACUAUCAAGCGAAGCCGCUGCUGAUACGCAUACGACGUCAACUGAGGCCCCGGAUUUUGUUGCGGAUGAGGAAGAUGGGGAAACUGCUACGCCCGCCGUGGAGGAUCAACACACUCCUGUAAGCCCGGCCAUGUUUGGAGCAGCUGCCCAGUCGGUUGCGGACCGCCACCCAAUUCUGGAUGACGACACAGAUUCUAAUGCCUUUGCCAGUGUAACGAGUGCGGCCCAAGCAGCCUAUUCUAGUGCCGUGGCCCUUGCUGCUGAUCGUUACUCCAGUGCUUUCUCUGUUGUCUCCGCACAAGUGGAGGGUACAUCCAGGCCAGUACAUGAGCAACUAUUCUCGUCUGUUUCCGCCGUUUAUGAUGGUGCUGUCUCUGCAGCUAGCAAGAAGUUCAACGACGCCGUUGCGGCCGCAUCUUCUGGUGUUUAUAACACCGCUCCUACACCAACCAAAAGCAACAAUCUUCCCGACUGGAAAAAAGUCGAAUCUAUUGCGGCCCAGCGAUUGAGUGAGGGGAAGUUGUGGGCAGAGAUUCAAUACCAGAGUAUACUGAUUGCCCUCCAGCUGGCUACUCCUACUCCGACCUCGCCUUCUGAGAAGUAUUACGAGCAGGCCAAGUAUCACUAUUACGCAGGGUUGGGAAUGGCGCAAGAUAGGUAUUCAAGCUUCAUGGCCGCAGCCUCGUCGGCGUGGUCAUCAGUGACGGCUACGGCUACGGCUACACCUACGCCAACGGACUUUGUGGGAUCUGCCUCUUCAAUGGCUUCGGUUGCGGGAAAGUCGGCGAGAUCUGCAGUCGGUGCGGCCGAUGAUGCCGUCAAAUCUGCCUAUACAGCCGCCAGCCAGGGAGUCAUGUCGGCUGCCCAGGAUGCGGAGGACGCCAUUCAUCAAGUAGCAGAUGCGGCCGCGGAGCAAGUCGUCAAUGUUGCGGGCGCAGUUGCGGACACAUGGGACGUUGUUGUCUCUGAACUGAGCAUCGAAGUUUAUGGCCAGCCCACGGCUAUCGGGUGGUAUGAAGGUGCAACGAAGACGGCUGGAUCUGCUGUCACGGCGGCCACUGAGGCGGUCGCUGCGGCCGCAGCUCAACGCUAUUAUGCCAUCAACAAAAUGGUAUCCGAGCUGGUGAUUGGAAAAGAGCCCACAUUUAGCGAGAGUGUCAUGUCAAGGCUCAGCGCCAUUUAUUCUACGGCAACGUCCAAUGUCGGCAGCGUGGCCAGCGAAGCCAGUGCUGCGGCUUCAUCAGCAGGCGACAAGGUUGGAAGCGCAGCUAGUCGGGCGACCGAGGCCGUCAAAGGAUCUGCUCAACAAGUACGAGACGAGUUGUGA